AUGAUCUCGGCUCGACCUCUGGUUCACAAAGGGCUUAUUAAAAGAGUUGGUUCAGGAUCUUCUAUCUCAGUAUGGUAUGAUCCAUGGAUUUCUGACUCUCGCCCGAGGUCAGCUAUAUGCAAGGGAAUUAAUUACUAUCCUCAUCUAAUGGUGAAUCAGCUGAUUAAUUCUCAGACAUCAACGUGGAAUCUCCCACUAUUACACCAACUGUUCGAAAGUACAGAAAUUGCUCGCAUUACGGGUAUUACAAUUGCAACGGGGUACAGAAAAGACACUUGUGGGUGGCUUUUCACCAAAUCGGGGCGAUAUACGGUUAAGUCAGGCUAUAGGGUUCUACAGGAGCUUGCGGAUGAAGAUGUGAUACCGGUAUUUGGGCCAGAUGUCCGUCGACUGCAAGCACAGUCAUGGAAAGUUAAAUGCACUACAAAGCUUCAACAUUUCAUUUGGCAGAUUAUCUCGGGAUGUUUAUCGGUUGGUGCACGCCCGCCAGGCCUGGGCUCUAUCCCCUAUCCCAACGCCACUACAGUCCUUUCCUACGGUGCACUUUUCUCUAAUAUGGCACACCUCUUUUGGGGUCUUCCAAAGGAUGAUGAUAUGCUCAUAUUUCCUUGGUUAUUAUGGUUCAUUUGGAAAGCACGUAAUUAUAAAGUCUUUUCAAAUGAUGACCAUGAUCCGCCGGAUGUUCUGGAAUCAGCGAUAACAGAAGCACGUGCAUGGGCUACUGCACAAACGGGAGAAAUAAUUGGACCAAUGGCUAGGGUCUCAUAUCCACGGACUGAGAUCGAGGGUGAAUGGUGCCAAAUAGAUGGAGCAUGGAAAGACACAGAGUGUCGAGCGGGUCUUGGUUGGUAUAACUUUGAUCCCGCGUCAUGUUCAAUCUUGGUGGGCUCAUGUAAUUUACGGCGAGGUUUAUCACCUCUGCAGACAGAAUUGGAAUCAUUAGUUUGGGCUAUGCAAAGUAUGCUAACCCACAACAAAAGGCAAAUGAAUUUUCAAACAGAUUGUUCAGAGUUGGUAACCAUGGUGUCAAAACCUCAGGACUGGCCGGCUUUUGCGAUUUUGCUUGAAGAGGUGGAGAAGUGCAAAAGGAGUUUCCAGGCGUUCUCUCUAACUCAUAUCCCAAGAACGAAGAACACGAAGGCGGACAAGUUAGCACGGAGUGCUCGAGAUCAGCCUUAUGACGUGUAUUAUGUAAACACAGUUCCACCGGUCACGCUUCCCGUGCCGAAUUAG